CCGCACCAUGGAGAGGGUAAUAAUCAACACCGGCGCCACAAAGUAAUGGGGAAAGCUUUGCUGAUCAGUGUGACGACCGCAGUGGUGUGGGCUUUGGUAGCGACGCUACAGUGUCAUGCGACGGAUAACUUGCCAAGCAAUCUCGGUAGGCUGAACGAGCUGUUUCCACUCACGAUCAUUCAUAUGAACGAUCUUCAUGCAAGAUUUGCGGAAACUUCCGAGAGAUCGUCCAAGUGUAAGGAAAGCGGGGCUGACAGCUGCAUUGCCGGUAUAGCGCGCGUUUUUCACACCGUACAAAAGCUAAGAAAGAAGCAUCCGAACCCAGUCUUCUUCAAUGUCGGCGAUAACUACCAGGGAACGAUCUGGUACAACUAUCACCGUUGGCGAGUGGUGGCACGAUUCAUGAAGCUGUUACAUCCAGAUGCGAUGACGCUCGGAAACCAUGAGUUCGAUGAUGGGCUGCAAGGGUUACGACCCUACCUGAUGGCUCUUGCGGAGGAAAAGAUUCCAACAUUAGCGUCGAACCUUAUCCGUUCGAAAGAUCCUUUCCCGGACCUGCCACGCACGGUGAUCCUGGAGCGGGAUGGACGUUCGAUAGGCAUUAUUGGGGUGACAGCUGAUAACACUCACGAACUCUCCAAAACGGAAAGCAUCACAUUUGCCGAUUCCGUCGCCACGGUGCGCAACGAAUCGCAAGCCCUGAAGCAACGGGGUGUGAACAUCAUACUGGUACUGUCACACUGUGGGCUGGAGGUUGAUAAACGGAUUGCGCAGGAGGCGGGCGAUCAUGUGGACGUGAUCGUCGGAGGACAUUCACAUUCGUUUCUUUUCCCGCACGGUUCCAGCCCGGUGCCGCACAGCAAGUUGGACAACAUUCUGGGCGAUUAUCCAGUAGUUGUGGAGAAUAAGAAUGGACGUAAGAUACUGAUUGUGCAAGCUUACGCCUACGGUAAGUACGUAGGCCGUUUGACGGUUUAUUUCAAUCGGGACGGAGAAGUGAAACACUGGGAUGGAUUCCCGGUGUACCAAUCGAACCGAGUACCGCAGAGUCGUUGGGCGUUAAAAGUUCUGGAACCGUACCGCAAGCAGGUGGAAUCUUACGGAGCAACCAAAAUUGCCGAAACGACGGUCGAUCUUGUGCAGGACACCUGUCGUCUAAGGGAGUGUAACUUGGGCAGCUUGGUGGCGGAUGCGAUUGCCGAUUACUACACCAACGAAACGUUCCACCCGGUAGCGGUUAUUAAUGCCGGCAACUUCCGUGCUCCAAUACCUAGAGGAUUUAUUACCAACGAGGAAGCAAUCGGUGCGAGCCCAUUCUCGAACACGGUCGAUCUAGUGACGCUACGCGGCGAUGCACUGUGGAACAUCAUCGAGCACUCGAUCGUGUGGGACAGCGUGAAGCGGAUGAACGUUGCCCAAGUGUCCGGAUUGCGAGUCGUGGCAGAUCUCGAUCGAGCACCGUACAAUCGGGUGCUCUCGAUCGAGGUGCGCAACCUGGCCGACGGUACCAAGUACGAGCCGUUAAGCAAAAAGGCAACUUACAAGCUCGUGACACUGUCGUUCAUUGCCACCGGGAAGGAUGGGUUCCGUUGGGCAUUGGAGCGACUGGACCGAAAGAUUGGACCACUCGAUUCGGAUGUGUUUAUAGCGUAUCUGAAGAAGCUGAAGGUGGUGAAUGAAAACAAACUCAAGGGUGGCAGAAUGAUUGUAAACGGAACGAUCAAAACAUAAGGAUAGAGAAAAAUAUACAGCAAAUGGCAUGCAUUUAUGCCUUCCAAAGC